AUGAUUCGCAUUUCGGCGCUUAAUGAGGAGGAAUCCGAUGAUAGCAAUGGGUUCGAUAGUGAGCUUAUUGUCACGAAAGAGGCGGAGGAAACGAUUGCCAUCUCGGAGUACGUGAGGGCUUUGCAGAUGAAAAAAGAAAACAGACAGCAAGAAGCGUUGGAACUGUUGCUCGAGCUUCUGGAAACGCAAGUGAUACACGAUGUCACGUCCACCCAAACGGACAGUAAGUUGUUCGCAGUUAAGUAUAACUGCUACCGAAACAUUGGUCUCAUUUACGAAGAGCAGAAGAAGGAGGCUCUUGCCAUAGAGUUCCUCAUGAAGGCUAUGGAUCUCGAUGAAACGGACGUUUAUACGAUGUCCCGGUUGGCACGGAUGGCACUGAAGAGCGGCCAUUUGCAAAUAUCCAAAUUGUACUUCGAAAAGUGCUUAAAACGAAACCCAAACCACUGGCCGAGUAUGGAUGGAUUGCUGAAAGUGUUCUGCAGUGCAUCCAACGUCGUAGAAGCUUACGGAUGGGCGAGCCAGUGCCACCGGAAAGAUACCCGAAGCACACUGUACUCCGAUGUGCUGAGAGCCAUCCGGCAGCGGUUCAAGUCAACGUUACCCUACCUCGACACCGUGUUCAUUAUGCCACCGAUAACCGAUUUCGAGGCGGAAGAAGAACGCCGUCCACUAGCGUUGGCGUUGGCCACAUUCGAUGAACUAUUUUCUCCGAAGUCAAAGUACGAACCGCCCGAUUUCACCAUCAUGCCCGACAUACUCAAACAGGAGCUGCAAAUAGAUGAUCUUAGCUUCGAGACGAUCGGCAAUAUGUUAGUAAAGCUAAACGAACGCAUGGAGGAACUGGAUUUGAGAUGCGUUUUCAUACUCGAUACGGAAACGCUUUUCUGUGAGCAUCAUCAGGAAAAACUUGAAAAGAUGGAAGAAGAUGUACAGGAAACACCGGCGGCCACCGAAUGCGUUGCCGAUUUGAUCACAGCGAAGGAAGACAGCCGAAUGGAGAUGGAAGAGGACGAAACUUGUGAUGAGGCAAAUGAAACGAUGGCUGCUAGCUUUACGAAAACCACCGAUGACGCCAACGGUAACGGUACUUCUGCGGCAGACAGUGCCGAUUCUGGAGUUGACGCUAACGAACAGAAAAAUAAAUCAAGGCGACGAGGAAGUGAGUUGAAAAUUCUGGAACAGUGGGGUUGGCACAAAAACCGACGCUCGACCCGCAAGAAAAGCAUCCAAGAGCUGAACGAUCCGGCCGAUUCAACGGUGGAGUCAUUUUUCAGACUAUCACUCAAACAGCAUUUAUCGGAAGAGAAGCAGUUUAAAGGAUCAGCCUUCACAGUCGACACAAAAGAGGUUGCGCCUCAGGACGAGAGUCCCGAAUGUAAGGAUAGUGAAGUGGCCAUUCCGGAAAGCGUCACAAACCAGGCAGACUAUUGCAGCGAGUGUAAUGUGCAGAACUUUAUAGGCGAAAUGAAGCAAAACGAGAUCGAUGUCUACGCGCUGAUGUAUGGAUUUCUUAUGCACGUUUCGAAGUCCUGGGGCAUCGCAACAAAAGCAGAAUUACGUUCGAUCUACCUCAAGGUGCACCGAUCCUUCGUGCAGUACACCGAUUACGAUGCAUGGAAUUUGCUUUCCGAAGAGCGGUUGGAGCAAAUAUUCCAAAUAUCUGUGUUUUACUUGGAACUCAAACUGGACGCGGGACUAGCGAACCCCAGUGAGGAGCACAAGAAUGGGAUUUUCGAUGAUUUUGACGAUUCCAUUUUUCAUCGAUGCCGUUUCUAUAUGGGAAGUUUGGGCAACGAUAAAAUUAUUGCUAUCUACCGCAUCCGAUUGCUGUGGAUUGGUUACGUUCUGGACUGCAGUGUGAAAAAUUUUGAUGCCGCGCUCGACCAUUUGUACUUGCUCCAAGAAAUUAUAUGUACUGCUGAUGGCGCUCGGGUGGAAUUGAGCUUCCCAAAUCAGCAAGCCAACACUAGCAUUAGUGGUGAAAAAAUCCGUGAGCUAAUUGGUGAAACGGAACGCAAACUGCGCAUCGAACAGGUCAAGCGUCACUACGAAGAUGGGGACUUCGAACAGGUGGUUGAUAUUUUAAAGGAUACCCUUCGCUACUACACUACCGUUGGUAAUCCGAACGAGACUUUUCUAAGCCUCGUCACGCAAUCCCAGAUGCUACUGGAGUCACUUUGGAAUAUCGGGGAGAUGGAGGGGUGCUUCGUAUGGUCAGAAAAAUCCUUUACCUUCUCCGUUCACCAGUUCGUGACGGCGGCAUCUCAGCACGAUAGCCGCAAGACACGACAGUGGGCCAGCAAUGUAAACUUUGCGCUGCUGUACAUCGUAUCGAUCAUCAAACAGGAAGGAUGCUUCAUGUUCGAACUACUUGGAGCGAACCUUUCUAGACUCAUUCAGUCACUGCACCGAUUGCUCACACACCAGCUGGACCCGAGCGUGGAAAGGAAUUACACGGCCCAGCUCUGUCUCAUCGAGUGUUGGCGAGCGUGGAUUAUCCUGUACCACAUCCUCGAAAGGCAAGACGACUUGGAAAGCUUGGUAAAGGUGAACCGCAGCUCCUGCAUCAUGGAUCAGAAUGGAACGUUCGAAGUAGAGCCCGAGCGGCUCUGUAAUUCCGUCAUGAUGUGCUUCGUGGCACACGAGCUGCUUGGAAAGAAAAACUGGUGCUCCAAAGGGGACAGUGGGCUUCUGUUCCACACGCUGGAUGUGGUUGUACCAAAGAUACGGUCACCUCUGCUGGAACCAUUUCGUGAGAUUUUGAACGAGUAUCUAGAGCAAAUGACGUACUGCCUGUACGGAUAUCCCCAGAAACGUCCACGUUUGCGGCACAUCCAGGAUCACUGUGCCGUUCAGGUUGCGCUCACCUGGGAACGGGCCAUUCAGUUGUUUGAUCUCUACAGACCAGAUAAUUUGCCGGAAUUCAACUCGUACAAGCUAGAAUCCAUUUCCGCCGACAUGGAGGCACUGUUGCAGCGCAUUAUUUUGCUCAUUCCGUCCGAAAUCGAUAUCGUGAAGCUGUCCCGUCCGAUAUCGGAAUUUAUCGACGGCAAAGGCAACACUCUGCCGGAUGCGGCCAACGUACUAGAGAGUGAAAUUAAACCCAUUUUCUACCUGUUGGCCGAUUACUACUUCAAGAGUCGCGACUUUACGCGGGCGAUCAAGUACUACGUCAUGGAUCUGGCGCUAGAACCGUCUCGGUUCGACUCGUGGGCAGGAAUAUCGCUGUCGAAAGCGAGCAGAGUGGAAACGAAACUCAAUUCGACCGAAGUGAUAGCGUUGCAAGAAUUUCUGGAUGAAACCGACAACGGGAUGAAGUGUUUUGAUCAAUGUUUGCAACUCAACGAAGACGAUUCACAACUGUGGAUCGAGUAUGGUUCGUUCGCGUACAACAUUCACUCCUUCUGCUCGCGUAGUUUGAAGCUUUUGAGUGACACACUUUCGAUGGAGAGUUUUGCACUUGUGGAAACGCACAAGGAGCGCUGCCUAGAUAUCGCUUUUAGUUGCUUCAAUAAGGUGAGUCUAGAAAAGAUGAGCUUCGCGGGAACGUCGUCGGGAGAGGCACCACCGGAGCAGCAGCAACAGCAGGAGAGUGGCAACAAUCAUGAGGACGAAAUAUGGCUCCAUCAUUACAUGUUGGGUAAGAUAGCCGAGAAGAAAAAGGAACAUCCGGCCGUUUACUUGACGCACUACCUCAAGUCGGCCAAGUAUCUGUACGAGUGCAGUGCCACGUAUCCGAUUAAGAUUAAUCACAGCAGCCCGUCGCCGUUAGCGAUUGAGGCGCUGGAAAUCUUCUACCGUAUUAAUGCGGCCGUCAUCAAGUAUGUUGAGCAGCACUCGCCGAUUAACAAAAAAACUUCGAGAUUGUUUCUACGUACCCUGAAGGAACUGGCCACCAGUCCGUUUGCGGUGAACCGUGCCAAAAUCAAUGAAACUAUGCUGAAACGAAAAAUGACAUCCAACGCAGCAGGGUCAAAUAAUGGAAACAGUAAUCCCGGCGUACCCACAGUUGGUAUGGAAACCUCCGUUGCUUCUCCAAAGGUUGCUAAGAUUACAGAGUCCGAAAUUGUUGGUGUUGUGGAAGCAAUGGACGUCCAGGAACCCAAAAUAAGCUCUGAACAGACAACCGCUAGUGUGGUGGCUAGUCCUAACCUGCUAGACGUGGAACAGUCGCAAUCGGUUAACAGUCCACAGCCCGAGAUACCCAUUGUUGCACCUUCCGAAUCGCCUUCUGGGAUGCACGUGGAUCAGAGUAUUCCAUCGCCGGCUUCGGCAAAUCAGCAACACCGCCCCGUUGAACACAUUCGGGUCGAAGAAAUUAAACAGCUCGUCGAUGCACAACCCGCACUUCGGCGAGGCUCGCAGGAAAGUGCCAUAACUUCAACAACGACAACAACGACCACUACCACAACUAGCACAUCUUCAUCGAGUAGCGACUCUUCGGACAGUGAUUCAGAUUCAUCAUCGGAUUCCGACAGCGACAGCUCUUCGACAGAUGACGAAACUAUUAACCAACAAUUGAUAAAUUCCACCGAAAGGGACACGAUAUUUAAGCUUUGCAUCAAAAACCUGGAGGAAUGCAUCACUCGCUUUCCGGAGCACUACAAAUCUAUGUACCGACUGGUUCACCAUUAUAUGCACGCACCUGGUGCGACCAAGUCAUUCGAAAAAGCCCGCCAGCUGCUACUGGGCAACUAUCGCACGGCACUGGGCAAUCAAAUCCCAGGACUUUUCACGGAGCGUAAAGCUACGAACUUUUUCAACGGUUUGUGGAGAAUUCCAGCGUCCGAUAUCGACCGGCCGGGCAAUUUUGCGUCCCACAUCUCAAAGUGCGUAAUUGUGUUGAUGGAAACGUUGAAGGAAUUUUCGGAGCACGAAAUUCUGCUGGAACUGGCGUUGCAGUUGCACCGUACACCGGAGCCAGAUAAAAAAUAUCUCAACGAUUAUGAGCGCAAGGAGCUGGUCCAGCAGGCGAUUCUUUUCUGCGUUCAGGUCUACCGGAGUAUGCUGAAAAAAUCGGCCGAUGGGCGGAACGAUACCGAUCUGCUGUCGCUGAUGAUCGAAGUGUACAAGGCGUACCGUAAGAUAGUGAAGAACAUACAGCCCAAGGAACCACUCUUCGCGAGCGUGAUGAUCGACGCAUACCGGGCAUUCGUUAGCGAUAAGGUGGCAAAGCUACCGGAAACCACCAAUAUGUUCGAUCUGGCCAUUAAACUGUGCACUUACGAGAUGAACUAUCGCAAAACGCAGGAGAAACAGCAGAAUGCCGUUGGUGUUGCUGGAGGGACCACUGGCGCUGCAGGUACAGGGCCCAUAGGAGCGGCAGCUAACGGUGGCAAGCAGACCAUCACGAGUGGAGAUCUUCCGGCGAUGAUGAUAGUCCCGAUGCAACCAAUAUCGGCGAACUUUAUUCCGGGGCUGACGAAACAAAACCGACGUGUUCCGGUGUCCAAAGUAACCACAUCAACCGCUGGGCUAAAUGAACCGUUUGGGUCGCUUCCUCAACACUACAACUAUCCGAUGCCAACGCAUCAGCUGGCCCAAUCGGGAACGAUGAGCAGCAUGAUAACGGAUCUAUCGUCACGAGUAACCAUUACUCCAAUAAAGCUCGAUACUGCUGGUGGUAAAAGUGCCAUUCCGUCAACGAUGGCCACAUCUACUUCCUUUUCACAGCACCAACAAUCAAACGUAACAAAAAUGCUACCAUCGACUGCUCCAGCAGAUGUGCAACUAUCGAUAACACCAGGCCCAAGCUCGGCAUCCGGUGGCCCUUCGAGUGCGGCAAACGCAAGUUCUACCCUGUUCCAACAAUAUCUUAAAAUCUUCAGCACGAUGCCGAACAUCGCUUCAAUUGGCAACAAUCCGAUGAUGAAGGCGGCACUGACGGAGUACUUGGCUGCCUUUAAACUAUCCCAACCAACGACAUCGGCCCUGUCACCCAACACCGAACGGAACACGGACACUCCGCCUCAACUGCCCGCUUCAACCGUGAUGAUUCCGAAAUCUAGUAUGGGUUCCCAAGAUUACUUUCUUGGCCAGCAGACACCUACUGGGGCUGGUGGUGGUGGCGGUGGAGUUAAAAAGACAUCCGCAAAGUCGUCUAUCCCGACCACUCUCUUGCCCGGUAGCUUUGAACAGCAUCAACUGGCCACAAUCACCCUUUCGACGGUGAGCUCGUCGUCGUCUUCCCAAAAAAGAGACCGCGUAUCAUCACCGUUCGCUGGCUCGUCACAACUUCCGGGCCGCGUGGCUUCGCCAUUGCCUAUGCUGACCAUCACCCCUAGCGAAGGUCCCAUCGUGCCGCGAUCAAAGGAACCCACAGGGAGUCGCAAGUCCAAGAGCAAAAAGGCAUUGGGCCCACAGGCACGCCCUACACCAUAUGCUCGGCCAACUCCUCCACCACCGUCGGGAAUACCACAGCUCGCUGUUCCCGGUUUAUCGAUAGAACCCGUGCUUGGGCCCCUAAUGCAACCGAUGGGCACAGCGGGCGUAGGUAAGCCGCCGUCAACUGCCACAUCCAAUCCGAAUGCAGGCCUAGCGGAGAAAGCCGCGGGCGCCGGCACUAGUAUGAUGGAUCUAGUUGCGUCCUACACAGAGCUGCUGCAAAAGUAUCCGCACAUGGCCCGUUCGUUGCUGCUACAGCACAACAAUCGCAAUGACCUCUCGGCCGCGACCAGUUUGCUUAAAUCGAAGUCAGCCAGAGGACGCGCAAAGUCGGCGAAACAAUCGAACAAAGCUUCCACAAAGACCACGGUGGGGUCCGGUGCCGGCAAUCGAGGCUUUAGUACGGCCGGCCCUACUAAUAUUCCACGUAUCGGGGCCACCAUCACGCCACUACCUUCGGGAUUUUCAGUCGACAGCUACGGAAGGCCCGCAACAAACACGUCCGGCAUGUCGAUCACAGCCACACCAUCCGUGCCGUCCUCGUCGGUGACCAUGCUGCAGCAGUUGGGAAGCAGUUCGAAUCAGCAGCAAGCGAAAACGCUGCAACAAAAGCUGGCCGAGCGCCAGAAGGCGAACAAGGCACGCGAAACGGAAAACGUUUCCAUCGGUACGAGUUCCGGAGGACAACCAGCGAAAGCAACCACCGAUCCGAUGGAUGUCAUUGUGCUUGAGUGAGCCACGCGGUACCUCUCGUCGCAAAUCGAUAAUCAUGAAUUUAGAAAAUAGUGCUCAAAAUAGUGACACAAACCGAUCGUCAUUACU